CCAACAUUCUCACAAUUCCAAUCAUCCAUCACGGCAACUUGUACAACACCAUCACCAUCAAAUUGGCAGGCGGAACAAGGCUGACAGAGGAUGUUUGCAUCUUCUUCCCGAACGCUGAUUGCGGGAACAAGUGCAAGAAUACAGGGUAUAUCUUGCAUUCGCCCUUACAGCCGCAAUAAUGCAUUCAUUCCGGUACUGCAAAGAUCAUGGAACAAGUCUGAUCACGAUAGAGGGCUAUCUAUAUGGAGCAGAGCUACAGAUCAGAGCAUCAAGCAAGCAUGGCAUAGUCCACAGGUAAAAGCUAUGCCACCAAUUCGCUCAAGGUCAUUUCGAAGUAUGGCAAAUGACAAUGAAAGUACACAGACACCUACAAAAGCUCCUCAAGGUACACGCGAGCCCACAAACAAACAGGCUUCCAAAGCAGAUGAUCCUUUGAACCUGAAUCAAGCAUCUGCCACCUCCACAAAACAACAGCGUGAGACCGAUUGGUCGAUUGUGAAAAAGCUGAUAGGACACAUAUGGCCAAAAGGCGAUCGAGGAACAAAGAUACGGGUCAUAUUGGCUCUAGCUCUUUUGGUUGGAGGCAAAUUGCUAAAUGUUCAAGUUCCAUUCUUUUUCAAAGGUAUCGUAGAUCAAAUCAAUGAAGUCGUCAAUGCACCUUUAGAUAUGACCAAUCCUAAUACAGCUUGGACAAUCGCCGGUGCUGCGAUUGUCGGAUACGGUCUUUCUAGAGUUGGAGCUGCUGUUUUCUCAGAAUUGCGUAAUGCUGUGUUUGCCAAUGUUGCUCAAAGAUCGAUAAGAAGGGUUGCCAGGAGCGUCUUUACCCAUCUACUUCGAUUGGAUCUCGGAUGGCAUCUAUCACGGCAGACAGGAGGUUUGACAAGGGCCAUAGAUAGAGGAACAAAGGGUAUCUCGUUCUUGCUCACCUCGAUUGUAUUCCACAUCGUGCCGACUGCACUGGAAAUCACAAUGGUUUGUGGUAUUUUGACGUAUAAGUGCGGUAUCAAUUUUGCUGCAGUGACUGCCAUCACCAUGGCAGCAUAUGCAUGGUUCACUAUCCGGACAACUGCCUGGAGAACGCGAUUCCGCAAAGAAGCAAAUGCAGCGGACAAUCGUGCUGCAACAACUAGUGUGGAUUCGCUAUUAAAUUACGAAGCAGUGAAAUAUUUCAAUAAUGAAAAGUUUGAGGUCGCAAAGUAUGAUAACGCAUUAGCAGAUUACGAAAAAUCCAGUGUCAAAGUUGCAACGAGUUUGGCUGCUUUGAACAGUGGACAAAAUGCCAUCUUCUCAACCAGUUUGACAGUCAUGAUGUUUUUGGCUGCACAAGGUGUUGUUGGAGGAACGAUGACGGUGGGAGAUUUGGUAUUGGUGAAUCAAUUGGUAUUCCAAUUGAGCUUACCUCUCAACUUCUUAGGCUCCGUAUAUCGUGAACUACGUCAAAGCUUGGUCGAUAUGGAAACAAUGUUCAACUUGGAAAAUGUUGCUGUGAAUGUCAAAGACAAGCCUGACGCACCUCCAUUGCAAGUUACAGGAGGUGAGAUUCGAUUCGAGAAUGUCACAUUCGGCUACCAUCCAGACCGAUUAAUCUUUAAGGAUUUAUCAUUUGUCGUUCCUGCCGGUCUCAAAACUGCUUUCGUGGGUCCUUCAGGAUGUGGAAAGUCUACUAUCUUCCGUCUCCUUUUCCGAUUUUACGAGCCGCAAUCUGGUCGAAUUUUGAUUGACGGUCAAGAUAUUCGCGAUGUUAGCCUGGAAAGUUUAAGAAAGGCAAUCGGAGUCGUUCCACAAGAUACGCCUCUGUUCAAUGAUGACAUUAUCAAUAAUAUCAGGUACGGACGAUUAGACGCUACUGAUGAGCAAGUCUUUGAAGUAGCAAAGAGGGCACGAUUAGAUGCAACUGUGAAGAAUUUGCCAGAAGGAUAUUCUACCAAAGUGGGUGAAAGAGGAUUGAUGAUCUCAGGUGGAGAAAAGCAAAGGUUGGCGAUUGCAAGAUUAUUGUUAAAGAAUCCCGAUAUUCUCUUUAUGGAUGAAGCUACUUCCGCUUUAGACACAUUCACAGAAGCUUCUUUGAUGCGAGAUUUGAACGAUACCCUACUCAAAUCACGAAGGACGGCCAUCUUUGUUGCACAUAGAUUACGCACGAUCAGUGAUGCAGAUCUGAUUAUCGUUUUGAGGGACGGAAAGGUAGAACAACAAGGCAAACAUGAACAAUUGUUAACCCAAGGCAAAACAUAUGCAGAUUUGUGGGACAGUCAACAAACGACUGGAAUGGGAUAUGGAGCGGGAGAAGGUGAACAUCCUGCCGAAGCUGAAAAGGAGAAAGUUGCAGCACAAAAAGUAUGAUCUAAUUUGCAGUUUUUAAUGGAAUAAUAAGUUUUAUUGGAAUG